AUUUUACUUGUCCACGUUGGCGAAAUGGCCACAACCUGACACUUUUGGACCCGCCUUUGCUUAUGCUGCGCCCUCCGGGAGCUUAGGGGUGGUGGGGAGCUGUGGCUAGGUAGGCGCACUAGCUGAGAGCGAGCCUAGCAACGAUGUUGAAGAGCAUGAAGCAGAAGUUCAGCGGAAAGAAGGACGCCAGCAAGAACAAGGACGACUCCCAGCCCUCGACCAGUGCCAAGGCGGGUGCUCCUGCAGCUAGCAAGGCUCCGGCUCCUCGGCCUAUUUCAGCUAUCCGGGAGAAGCCGCCGCUGCCGGUCAUCAAUGAGCAGACCCUCCAGCAGUACUACGCGGAACCCCUUCCCAGCUUCCGGGAUGUCUCGCCUGCAGAGAAGCAAUACCUUUUUGUGCAGAAGCUGCAUUUGUGCAGCUUUGGGUUCGAUUUUUCGGACCCCACCAAGCACGUCCGCGAAAAAGAAAUCAAGCGGCAGACGCUAUUAGAGCUGGUGGACUAUGCGAACUCUGGGGCAGGAAAGUUUACAGAGGGCGUAUCAGAGGACAUUGUGUACAUGCUCAGCAACAACUUGUUCAGGACGCUCCCACCGGUGCGAAGCCAUGGCGACGCCGAGGGCAACUAUGACGCCGAGGAGGAGGAGCCCAGCUUGGACCCGGCGUGGCCGCACCUGCAGAUCGUGUACGAGUUCCUGCUUCGCUACGUGGUGUCUAACGACACGGAUGCGAAGAUAGCGAAGAAGUACAUCGACCAGCAGUUUGUGCUGAAGCUGCUGGAGCUGUUCGACUCGGAGGACCCCCGGGAACGCGACUACCUCAAAACGAUCCUGCACCGCAUAUAUGGCAAGUUCAUGGUGCACCGGCCCUUUAUCCGCAAGGCCAUUAACAAUGUCUUCUACCGCUUCAUUUUUGAGACGGAGCGGCACAACGGGGUCGCUGAGCUGCUCGAAAUCCUGGGCAGCAUUAUCAACGGCUUCGCGUUGCCGCUGAAGGAGGAACACAAGCUCUUUCUGCAGCGAGCGCUUAUGCCGCUCCACAAGCCCAAGUGUGUGGCGAUGUACCACCAGCAGCUGGCGUAUUGCGUAACGCAGUUCGUGGAGAAGGACUCAAAGCUGGCGGAGCCGGUGCUCACGGCGCUCUUGAAGUACUGGCCGGUAACCAACAGCCAGAAGGAGGUGCUGUUCUUGGGGGAGCUGGAGGAGAUCCUGGAGCUCACGCAGGCGCCGGAGUUCCAGAAAGUCAUGAUCCCGCUCUUCAAGCAGCUAGCGAAGUGCCUCAAUAGCCAGCACUUCCAGGUGGCGGAGCGCUCGCUGUUCCUGUGGAACAACGAGUACAUCGUGAACCUGGUGGCGCAGCACCGGCACCAGCUGCUGCCCAUCCUGUUCCCGGCCCUGGAGGAGAACACGAACAGCCACUGGAACCCGGCGGUGCACGGCCUCACGUGCAACGUGCGCAAGAUGUUCCAGGAGCUGGACGAGCAGCUGUACGAUGAGUGCAAACGCAAGUACGAGGAGGAGCAGGCGUCGGAGCGGGAUGCCAUGGAGACGCGGGACAGGAAGUGGGACUACCUCAAAAACUUGGCGCUGCAGAAGAGCAACGGCCGGCCGCUCCCGGAGGUCAAGCCGCUCUCGGCGCUGCUGCGGGUCUGACCUAAUGUAGCCUAGAGCGUGUCGCCACGCGCCAGGCGCAGAUGAAGGCGGAGUCCAGGUGCCAUGGCGGCGAGCGGUCUGGUGCGCUGCAAUCCUGGGCAGCCCCUGUGCGGAGUGCCUGCUCGUGGCGCAGCGCGCGAUCAUCCGUUGGUGCGCAGCUCGCACUGCGGGCAGCUCGAGAGUCGGGUGCGAGCGGUUUGACUGAUGAGCUGGUCUGUCCCGCGUCCGGGACGGAUAUACGGCUCCUUGAAGGGCGAAAAAGAGCUGUGGUAGGCCGCUUGCGGUAUAUGGAACGCCGUGGCGGUUACGCAGUAGGUCGUUAGGUUGUGGUGGUGGACCUUGCUGCCUCAGGGAGCCUUUAGGAGCGUUUGGUGUCGAGAUGUGCAGUGCGGGUGUGUUGCGGCGUUGCUGCCUGUCCCCACAUGGAGCUAGGUCACCAUGCGUGUACUAAUAAUUCACUAUAUACGCAACGCGGCGCGUGAAGCUGCAGAAACGGGUUGUGCUUGAAGUGCUUGGACGUAUGUGGUACGAUGGUGGAUAGUGACGGAAUAGGGCCGGGUCGCUGUAUGACCUUAUUAGACAGGGGGCAUGCGAGGUGCAUUGCAUGAUGCACCGCAUACAGGGUUGACAGAUCGGGGGAUUGGGUAGUGUAGGGUGCCGUUGGAUAAUGAGGGCGCUGGGACAUAAGAGCAACUGUCAAUGAAGUCGCAGGCGGGUGUUUCCACGUUGGCCGCUGCUGCCACAGCUCCAUGUGUGAGGAAGGAACUGAUGUACGUUGCAUGUAUGCCCUUCUUUUGUGUGAGUCCCACUCCGACUUUUAAAGGCUGGCCUUGCGGCGGCUGUUGAGCUGGGGCGGAAUGUCAUGCGGUUGGGCUUCCAACAGGUUGCGUAGGGACGACAGGUGCUUGCAUCAUCUUUGGCCCUGCCCUGUGCAGAAAAAAGCUAGCUCAGAAGGAGCAGCUUCCGUGCAAAAGCCCUCGCGACGGAA